AAUGUUCACAUUUAGUAUUAUUCCAUAAAACAAGAAUCCAAACAUAAUAGGUAUGAUAACUAAAAACCAGGUUCUAGGCAUAAAGAAUUUAGCUUAUUAAAAUAUGCAUUAAUUAUUAUAUACUUCUGCAAAAGUCUAAUAGUUUAUUAAUAAUUCUACUCAAUAAUUGAAGAACUACUUCAAAUUGUGAAGAAAGUAUAACAUCAGGUUGAAGUUAGUCACAAAUAGAUGAAUAUUUAACUUAGAAUGACUAAAUAAAAGAGACAAUGCUUGAAUGCGCUUAUUUGCUCUUAGUUAAAUGGAUAACUAUAUGCG